GUAGUGAAGAUGUCUGGCACUGACCCCGAGUGCCCCCAGUUCCUCUUUGUGAAGGUGCUGGCAAACUGGGGGCGGCUGGAGGCAGUGACCCAGCAGAUGGGCUACCACCCACAGUACCUUGACAGCUUCCUCAAGACACAGCACUACCUGAUGCACAUGGAUGGUCCGCUGCCCUUUGACUGCCGGCACUACAUUGCCAUCAUGGCAGCUGCCCGGCACCAGUGCCGGUACCUGGUGAACCUGCACGUCCUGCAGUUCCUGCGGGCAGGGGGAGAUCCCCAGUGGCUGCGUGGCCUCGACUUCAUCCCUCCCAAGCUCCGCAACCUCAACGAGAUCAACAAGAUCCUGGCACACCGACCAUGGCUCAUCACCAAGAAGCACAUUGAGAAGCUGCUGAAAAUCAGUGAAUGGAGCUGGUCGCUUGCAGAGCUGGUGCACGCUGUUGUCCUCCUGGCACACUGCCAUGCACUUGCCAGCUUUGUCUUCGGCUGUGGCUGUGAGCAGGACGAGGGGCUGGGGGGCCGAAGCUCGCUGAAGCCCUUGUCACCUAGGAACCAGUGCUUCUGUGAAGCCACCACCGGCAACGGCUGCAGCCAGGAGCUGCUGCGCAUCAACCGCAAGCGGUCCCUGGACUCCUGCAUGGAGCUGGAUUCUCUGCGGGAACGCAUGCAGCGGAUCCACGUGGAGACUGAGGGCAGGGAGGAGAUGAGGCUGCUGCAGCAGGAUCGAGAGGAAGGGCUCCCCCCUCUUGCUGAUGCCGAUGGGGAGAUCACCAGUGCCACCAAUCUCGCAUGCUACAUGCAGGACCCUGACUUUGGAUACCAGGACUUUGCCCGGCGCGAUGAGGAUCAGACGCAGGUAUUCAGAGUCCAGGAUUACUCCUGGGAAGACCAUGGCUUCUCGCUGGUCAACCGUCUCUACUCUGACAUCGGGCAUCUCCUGGAUGAGAAGUUUCGGAUGGUGGAUGGUCUGCAAAGCAGUGCCAUGGCCAAGAGGCAGGGCUGUGAACCCUCUGUCUUCAAGCGGGGCGUCUGGAACUACAUCCACUGCAUGUUUGGCAUUAGGUACGAUGACUAUGACUACGCAGAGGUGAAUCAGCUCCUGGAACGAAUGCUUAAAGUUUACAUUAAAACUGUAACCUGCUACCCAGAGAAGACAAACUCAGAAAUGUUUGACAGGUUCUGGAAGCAGUUCAAGCACAGUGAAAAGGUCCACGUGAACCUGCUCAUCCUGGAAGCCCGAAUGCAGGCAGAGCUGCUGUAUGCGUUGCAGGCCAUCACCCAGUACAUGAUCUCCUAGACAGUGGGGAGCUGCACUGCGGCAGGGCCAGGCAGCAUCCUCUCUCCCUGGACUCAUGUGUGACCCAUUAUGCUGGCACAGACAGCAUGGGAUUACUCAAUUUAGUUUUCCUGACUGUUUUGUUCCCUCUUCUUCCCUCCUUCACCCCUUGUGGGGCUCACUGGAUGGCCCCGUUACGUGCAAUUUACCAAACUGUGAGGCAAA